CUGGGUUUGUUUUUGCCUGAAACUCGGAUUUUCACUGCACAAUCAAUCCCUGAUUGAGCAAAAGGGCUUCCUCUGCAGGAAAGGAGCGGAAUGCGCGCUUCAUCCAGCUAGACCUCAGAGCACAUUAUUAAGCAGCACCUCGGCAAAAGGGGACGUGACCUGAAUAGCGUUUAUGAAACAAUUUUGAAAGAAGAAAAAAAUAAUAAAAGGACUGGGAAAGAUGACCGAUACGCAGCCUUUGUGUCUUUCCGCGUCUUUCCUUGUUGCUGGGGAUUUCUAAUAAUGUGUUUUAAUUUAUAUCUAGUGUGUAGCAUCACUUUUAAAGGACUGUGAUGAUCUGAACACAUUCUCAUUGACUAUUUGGGUGCGUCUCCCAAAAUGAAUACAGCAGCAGAUGAUAAGAAGCCACCUCUAGCUCCGAAACCAAAGAUUCUUGAUCAGCUGACAUCUAAAUUGCCUUCAUCCCUGAUGUCAAGACCUUCAUCUGCUUCCCGGGGUCCAAAGCCUCCGAUUGCUCCCAAACCAAAGCUGCUGCAGGAUUCUGAAGAGAAAUGCUGCUUGUAUACAAACAAUAACCUGAACAGGUGCAUAAAUGGAAAGUUACUGUGUUCUGAAGAAGAGUUCAAUGAGGAAAAUACAUGCAGCACCUAUUCUGAGUCUGAGAGCUUCCAAAUCAUGGACGGUGGGUACAUUAUGCUUCCUGACAAUGAGACUCUUACUAAUGAAAGGGAUGACAGUGAUAAUGAAGAGGGACAGUUGUUUGAGAUCUCUUCUGAUGCUGAGGUGCUCAAUUCUACUGAUAACAUUGAUGGAAAUGGAGAGGUAGAAUUGGAAGAGGCUGUUGAACGUGAUCAGACUGAAGACACUGUAUCAUUAGAAACUGAUGAAACUGGUGAUGCAGUAUCAACUAAUACAGUAGAGGCUUGUACUGAACUUGUAGAAAGUGUUGAAGCCUUGAGUAAUGACGGAACAUCAGACAGUGAGAACAGAGAGGAAGCUGAAGCUGUGGACUCAGGAGCUGGUCCACAGGAUAAUGAUACAGGUAGGGAAUCAGAUCAAGAUCUGGGAGAGGUUGCAGAGGAUGUGGGUGCCAGUGAGGGUGAUGAGGAAAACCAAAAAGAUCAGAUCUUAGAUGACAACACAUCAUGUGGAAUUAGUGAAGAGAACAACCCUAAUCAGUCUCCACCAGUUAGUGAAGGAUCUGACGAUUUAAAUGAACAAAGUGAUCCUGAGAAAGAGGAUCAGGAAAAUGUUGAAGUAAACGAGGAGCGUGAGGAUCAAGUUGUUGAACUGUGUGAAAAUAUGGUACCCGAGGAACAAGAAACUCAGGAUUACCUUGUUUUCUCUUCAAAUGCUGAGCAGUUGCAGCUUGCAAAACAAAUAGAUCCUUGUUCUCUGAUUCUUGAUCCAAAUUUAUUGGAUGCGACUGUUACUGUAGAACCUGAUUUUUCACUUUCUGUGGGAGAUGAUGCGGCCACCAUAGAUAUGGGCAAUGAAACCAAUAUGUUGGAGGAAUUUACAGAAAAUGAAACUAAUGAUAUUAUGAACUUGGAGGAUCAGGUAGCUAUGGAAAAAUCUGAAAAUGUUGAGUCUUCAAAUUUUCCAUGUGAUGUUUUUGAAGAGGAGCAAAGCUUCCCUACCUUAGAAGAUGACAUUGUAGAAGAUGACUUUAUCCUGGAGGAGACUCAUGCGUUUAUUGAUAUGGAAAAGCCUUCUAAUGAAUGUGAAGGUCUUGACCAAGAAUUAGUAUGUGAAAAAAAGGAUGAGAUAUUUCCCAAUGAUACAGAGGAAAAUGUAUAUAGCUUAGCAGGAACAGAUGAUUUACCCGAUGAAAAUGCCAAAGCUGAGGACUGUAAUACAGUGGAAAAUAUUAACAAUGUAAAUACUUUAGAAGAUGAGGCUCUAAGCAAACUUGAAGAAUUGGUUGUGGAACCAGAAGAGACAGAAACGGUGUGCACUGAUGUUAAUGAUUACACAAUCUGCAAUCAGGACCAUUGUGGCCUCCAAGCAGAAUUAUGCACCGUUACUUUGCCAAAAGACUUAUCAGUAGAUUCUCUUUUUAACAGACCAGCACUGCUGGAUGACUCAGAACUUUUUGGUGAUGAUAAUGAAGGUCUUAUAGUGCCCUAUAUGGAAGACAUAGAACAGGAAAAAUCAGAGGAUACCAUCAGUGAGGAGCAUGUGUAUGAAGAGGCUGGACUAGACACAGACGGUGAAAAUCUAAACUUUAUUGCCGUCGAUAGAAAAACUAUUGUAACAAGAACAAGGUCUUAUUCUGGCAAAGUACCUGGUUAUGUGCCUGAGACGGUUCCAGAGGAAUCUGACUUACAAAACACCAAUGAAUACUGCACAGUGGCCUUGGACAAAAGCGAUCAACAUCUUGGUGAAAGUGAACAACUUGACAUAAACAGAACAAUGCUAUCUAAGUCGAGGCGUUUUAUUUUAUACCCUAGGUCAUACUCAGUUGAAGGUCGUGAUAUGCCAAUGUCUGUUUACAGAGAAAAUGACGGAGUGGAGAACUGUGGAAUGAAGAGGAACGAUGAUAACCUUUCCCUACCUUGUGUUAUCGGGUCCUCAGGCAGUUUCUCUCAGAGAAGCUACCUUUCCUCCAGCGGGAUGUCAACUCCAUCCUCAGUAGUUGAUAUUCCACCUCCUUUUGAACUAGCUUGCAUAACCAAGAAGCCGGUCACUAAAAGCUCACCAUCACUCCUAAUGGAGAACGAGUCUCCAGACAAACCAAAAAAGAAAAAGUUGUCGUUCAAGCGUUUCUUAACACUUCGGUUCAAGAAGAAGACAGAAAAUAAGGUCCAUGUAGACGUUAAUGUUUCUUCAUCUAGGUCUUCUUCUGAGUCCAGUCAUCAAGGGCCUUUAAGACUCCUGGAAUUGGACAGGAGAAGUCUUGGCAGCUCACCACAACUGAAGUCCCGGUCUGGAAAAUCACGGGCCUCAGACUCACCAUCUACUUUUCUGUUUUACAAGGAUGGCAAGAGAAAAGGGACCCACAAAACAUUCAAUAGGAGUGUAUCUAGAGUGGAAUCCUUUGAGGAUCGGUCGAGACCUCCUUUUAUGGCCCUUCCUUUGACAAAGCCAAGAUCUAUUUCUUUCCCGAAUGCUGAUACUUCAGAUUAUGAGAACAUUCCGGCCAUGAACUCCGACUACGAAAAUAUUCAGAUUCCACCCAGGAGACCGUCCAGAACAGGCACCUUUACAGAAUUCUUUGAGGAUCCAUGUAGAGCCCUGUCCUCUGCCAAUGAGAAUGAUGGCUAUGUAGACAUGAGCAGCUUUAACGCUUUUGAAAGCAAUCCUCAAACGCCCGACCAGGAAACAGAAAGUGCCUAUACAGAACCCUACAGAGUGUGUCCCGUUCCAGUGGUGGAUGUUACAUCUGAUGAGGAUGAAGGGAAGAGCUCAGGAGAGGAGGAUUCCCUGGUGGAACACAGCAAGAGUGAUGGGCACUCAAGAGCUUUUUAUAUAGCAAAGGAACUGGUGGAUUCUGAGAAAGUGUAUGUGGAGGGCCUGAAGCUACUACACGUGGAUUUCAGAGAAGCCAUCCAGAAAGUGAAUUGUGAACAAAGUGAACCUGUGGUGGAAGAAGAGAGCUUAACAGCAAUUCUUUGUGAGCUGCCACAAGUCUAUGAGCUGCACCAGGACAUUCUCAAGGAGCUGGAGGAGAGAAUCAAUGACUGGGAGGCGCAUACAAGGAUUGCUGAUGUUAUUCUGUCAAGGAGACCACAGUUCAACGUCUUUAACACAUACCUCACAGAAUUUGAUAGGAACAUUGCCUUGCUUGACGAGUGCUGUCAGAAAUCCCAGAUUUUCGCUUCAGCUGUACAACAAUUUGAGCAAAGUCCUGGCUGUGCCAACAUGAGUGUGAAACAUCAGCUGCUAAAAGUUAUUCUCCGGAUCCUUCAGUAUCGCAUGCUUCUUACAGAUUAUUUGAACAAUCUGUCCCCAGACUCGUCAGAGUAUGAAGACACUCAAGCUGCCUUGGUAAUUGUCUCUGAAGUUGCAGAUCGAGCCAAUGACAGCUUGAGACAAGGGGAGAACCUCCUCCGUCUGGUUCACAUCGAGUACAGUGUUAGGGGCCAGAGAGACCUGCUCCAGCCAGGAAGGGUAUUUGUGAAGGAAGGAACAUUAAUGAAGGUAUCCAGGAAAAACAGACACCCUCGGCAUCUGUUCUUGAUGAACGAUGUUUUGCUGUAUACCUACCCGCAGCAGGAUGGCAAAUACAGGCUAAAGAACACGCUGUCCUUGUCAGACAUGAAGAUCAGUAAACCCAUUAUUGACAAGGUCCAGAAUGCACUGAAGAUCGAGGGGGCUGACUACUCCAUUAUUCUUUCUGCAAGCUCUUGCAGUGAAAGAGAGGACUGGUACCAUGUGCUCAGCAGAGCCGUUGCAGAUCAUUCAAGAGGCCGAGCCAGUCCAAGCAGCAGUGAGGCCCGAGAGAAGCUGUGGAUGUGCCUGGGUGAAAAACCCCCCACGCUGGUGCCUGUUUCCCAUGUGAUGAUGUGCAUGAACUGUGCCUCUGAUUUCAGCCUCACCCUCCGCCGUCAUCACUGCCAUGCCUGUGGAAAGUCCCUUCUGUUCUUGCCUAAACCCUAUUUCUACUGGAAGCUGGUGCAAGGUUCAAGUGAUCUUAAGAUUGUGUGCCGGAGCUGUUCCAGGAAUAAGUGUCCACUCAAGUACCUCAAGGACAGGCUCGCCAAAGUAUGUGACCAGUGCUACACGGAGCUGAAGAAAAGAGGGGUGGAGUGCCCAACACCAGGCGAUAACUUACUGUCCAGAUCCUCAGGACGGCCCUUAUCAGCUGUCUUCCAGAGCAUCCACCCCACAGCACUGUGGAAACAGAGGAAAAACCCCUCUGCGCUGACACAGGUUGCAGCGUCUGCAGAGGGUUCCUCAAUGAAUGGCCCCCUUCGCCGCUGUAAGAGGAACAAGAGGCACUGGAAAAAUCUAUGGUUUGUCAUCAAAGACAAAGUGCUGUACACUUAUACAACCAGUGAGGACAAAGUUGCAACUGAAAGCUUACCUCUCCUGGGGUUUACAGUGAAGCGGCCAGGGAAAGUGGAGGGAGGUAUGGAGCCAGCCUUGGCGUUUCAGCUCUACCACAAGAAAACUCUCUAUUAUACCUUCCAAUCGGAGGACGCAUACACAGCACAGAGAUGGGUUGAAGCCAUAGAAGAAGCUACUGUGUUAUAGCACUGGCUAUCUGAGUGGCCUUGGGUCACAGAGUUCUACAUCUUCUUCAACAUACAUUCCAGAAACUCAUGACACAAACCUGGGCUGAGCCUUGGAACUCAUACACUGCAGUCUGUAACAAAGCAUGCACCCAAACAAUGAAUGUAAAGACAAAAAAAGAACAACAUAACCUGCCUUCACUCACUGCUGACUUAAUGCAAGACAUCUUCUGAUGGAGAUUGCGCACACUUGCACAACAAGUUCAAUACUUUCCAGAUGAGGUAACUUAAUUUUUGUUUUAUAACUUUAGUGAACUCCAAGAGGGACAAAGAGAUGGCGCUGAAAAUGAGUGUCUGUCUUUUAUCUUAUGAGCAUUUACAGCACAGACAGCUGUAGUGCUGGCAUGUCUAUCCUGCAAAGACAAUGUGCCAAUGUGCCACGUGCCAAACCUUGCCGCAGUAAAGUCGUCCUCAAGAAGGCUGGGGUCUCCACAAUGUCCACAGUCUCUGGCAUCUUUAAAAGGCUUGUUAUGGUUUUCUGGUUCUUUUGUUAUAUAACCUGUCCACCUACAGCUGUAAUCCAGGACUCUGUCAGAUUGAAAUCCAUUUACAUACCAUAACUAAUCCAAUGUGCAACCCAGCAAAUAUUAGCACAUUUUAAUGCAGUCAUCUGAACACACAGAAGGCUGAUAAAUGUAUGCGCUCCCGUUCACAACCCUGUGUAUUACAUUUUCUCCACUCAAUGGCACACCUGACAUCCUUAGUUACUACUUUAAUUAAAAACAAAAUCAAAACUACACUUUAAGCAUAGUAAAUCUUCACAUGCCCCUGCUUUCUGUUAAGACGGUCAGAUCUGAACCAUGGUAAAUGUUACUUCGUGGUGCUCCCCAAAAAGAAAUGUUUGGAAACAGAUGGCCCAGGUCACUUUAAUCCUAUGGUUUUGUAAUGUAUACAAUGUUCAAUUAUUUUAUCCAACUGAUGUUUUUUCUACUUAAUAGGCAACAACUGUCCUUCUACUUCUAAUACGCUGCACUGUUCACUACUAAAGACCAUCUUGUAAUGGUCUUUAUAGCACAGGAUAUUUCUAUGAACCAUGCUGAGCUAAAACUUUUUAGAAAUAUGUUUCAAGAGUGUAAUGAAAAAUGGAAGCAAUAGAAGACAUUGCCCAAUAAUGGUUUUGCAUUAUUGGUCUCAGCAAUGCACGCAACCCAGACCUGAUGGAGGCCCAAUACAUUUAUAUGGAGAAAACAAAAAAUAAAUGCUGUUUAUAUAAUACCAAACCAGUAACAGUGGUUUAUUUCACCAAUCCAUAUUAAUAAUGUGUGGGUUUUUAAUUGAGAAUUCGUUUUGGGCAGAAUUAAAAUACAACUCCUUGGAAACAUUUAAAUGUGGCUGGCGGUUAUGUAAUCUUUCAACACAUAACUCCAUUAUUGAAUUAUGGAGCCUUAUGGCAGCACAUUCUUUAUAUUGCAAAAAAAAUCGUUUUUGAAUUUAUAAUGCAAAACAAUAUGUAUCCUUGGAAUACAUUUUAGGAAUAUAUUGCUAAAAAAAAAGUGAAACAAAUGUACAAGACAAUAAUGAUAUCAGAACUCUAUAGAGUAUGUGUAUUUAUAAACAGCAAUGCAACAGAAACAGUCAUGUUUUUCCUUUCAUUGUAAAAUCAAAACCUGCUUUUCAAUGAAGUGUUCUUAAAGUCAUUGGGCAUUUUGCUUUUUGUCUGUCUUUACUUAUGCCCAAGGCUGUAUUUUUUUUUAACAGCUGUCACAGAUUUCAUGCUUUCCAGGAAAUUUACCCAUUGUUGUGUAAUAUGUAGUUCCCCCUGAAAAUUUGCAUUUCUGAAAGAAUAGUUUAAAUCUAAAUAUUUUUUUAUUACUUAAAAAUAAAUACAGCAAACAUUUGCCUUAUUGACACACUAUGUGUUAACUGCAUUUAGGAACCUGGCAGCCGGUUUAGUUUGCUUCCUUUAAAAGAUUGAACACACACUGCAUAGAGCUGCACGAUUUCUUUAAAAUGUCUUCAACGAAAAAGACACCAGCUGCAUCAAAUAUCGGAAAUAUUUCUGCUAAAGAUCGCUCUGUCCAGUAAAAAUCGAGGACUUAUCACAUGUUUGUUGCUAUUUUUACUUGUAUUUAUGUUUUUAUUUGUUUGAUAUUUCACUGAUGCUGAAAACAGAAUGUCUUUAAAAGGUGGACAUAAAAAAAUAAAUACUCUACAUUUUAGCAUUUCCUGUUUUUCAGAUAAGCCUUUAAAUAUUUAGGAACAUUUGUUGUAUAACAGCUCUAGAGAAAAAUGGUCAAUGUUGAAUGUGACACAAUUUGUUUCUGCUUUAAUAAAUAUUAUGUUUAAUUGUGAACUAUCUUGAAAUAUCUGUUUUUAGACCAUGAAAUAAGCCAUUUUCUUUACUGUGAAAAAAUAAGGCUUUGCUUCUGACCCUCAAAAUGAGGGAUUUAUGUUAAAGGAAGACAGCAGAGUGUUAAUCACAGAUUACAAGAGGACUUGUCCACUCCUUCUCAUUUAAUAUAAUAGUAAUAAUGGAUACAUUCAAAAAAUCCAUUGAAGGCUUCCCUAACUAUUUACAUUUUGAGAACAAGAACUCCACUCAGUCAGCACUGACAAAGGUCACAGUGCACAUUAAUGCAACCGCACAGCUCAACUGGUUUUGUUAGGGCGGUGCUUGGCAUUUAUCUGUUUUUAUAUUUUUGUGUGUGGUGAAUUGAAGUCCUGCCAAAACAGAUAGGGCAUGAAACUUACUUUAUCUUUGAUCUGAACUGGUGGCCAUGUUUACUGUUUGUACAAUUUAACAAAGCACAGGUUGUAUGCAUACACAAAUGCCCAAUAGUACUUCAUUAUCUACUAAGAUAUGUCUUUUAAUGUUUAGUGUUGAACAUUCUACUAAAAUGGCCUUGCACAUGUAAGUUGUAAAUGUAAAACAUUCUUUUGCUUUAUUUUGCACUGCCAAAAACAAGGAAUGCUAUGAUUGUCUCAGAUUUUACUAAACCGUGUUUCAGACUGCACUCCAGUGACAGCAGUAAUGCAAACCCGAUGAUGUUCAGUGACUGUACCUGCAGUAAAAGACGGAGAACCAUGAAAAUAUUUUCUUGUAAAAAUCAGUAUGUAAUGGAUUGUAUCUUUGUUUAAAGCAAUGUGAAAAUAAUAAUAAUAAUAAAAAUGAAAUCUUAAAAAAUAA